AUGGAUGAUAAUGUCGCCAAAAGAAAACGUAUAACUGAUAUAGUGGUUGAUUCACCAAACAACCUGGACUUAGAGUCGUACAUUUCUAACUAUAAAGGACACACUAAAGUUGAUCGUCUACUAUUCAUAGCAAAACGAUGUCCUACACUCCAGAUUGAUGCUUAUAGACUUGCUCUACAAGAAUUACGCGAUAAUUCAUUAGAUACAGCCAAGUAUCUUCAAUCCGCUAGUAAGCUUAAUGAAGUUUUAACAGCUCAGGGAUACCCAUCAUAUUCGAUUGAUAGUGGUUGGGUGGAUUCCACACAAAAACGCGCGAAGACUUUAUUAGAAAGAUUGGACGCUGAGCUGAAAAAUUAUAAGAAUAACUUAAUAAAAGAGAGCAUAAGGAUGGGUCAUAACGAUCUUGGUGAUCAUUAUUAUAACUGUGGAAAUUUAACGAAUGCAUUGAAAUGCUAUUCUAGAACCAGAGAUUAUUGUACUACGGCAAAGCAUGUUAUAGAGAUGUGCUUGAAUGUUAUCAAGGUUUCCAUUGAAUUGGGCAACUUUUCUCAUGUGCACAGCUACGUCAUAAAAGCCGAGUCUACACCUGAUAUCCAACCACUCGUUCAAGCCAAACUUAAAGUGGCUGCUGCACUAGCACACCUUGACAAUAAUAAAUAUAAGCAAGCAGCUAAUUUAUUCUUAGAAACUAGCUUUGAGAUCGCUCAACCUCAAAGCCAAUAUUCUGAGGUUAUCUCACCCAAUGAUAUAGCAAUAUAUGGUGCCUUGUGCGCACUGGCUUCAUUUGAUCGCAAACAACUUAAAAAGCAAGUUAUUGAUAACGCUGAAUUUAAGCAAUUCCUUGAGCUUGAACCAAACAUUCGAGAACUUAUUUACGGAUUUUACAAUUCAAAAUAUAAUUCUGUGCUGACCGGUUUGGAAAGCUAUAAGAAUGAUUUUUUGCUUGAUAUUCAUUUACACAAUCACGUAGAAACUCUUUACGAUAACAUUCGUAAAAAGGCUUUGGUACAAUACUUCAGCCCUUUCCUUACAGUAGAUAUGAAUAAAAUGGCUGAAUCAUUCGGCACAAAUGUUUUAAAAUUAGAAAAGGAAUUAGCCAAGUUGAUUACGGAGAAUCUCAUUCAGGCGCGGAUUGAUAGUCAUAAAAAGAUUCUUUGUGCAAAACAACAAGACCAUCGGAGUAGUAUUUUUCAAAGGUCUUUAAAGAUGGGAGAUGAGUUUGAACUAAGCACUAAUGCAAUGUUACUUCGUAUGAAUUUGUUUAAGGCAAAUCUUAUUGUACAGACAGCUCAAAAGGGAGAAGGCGGAACAACAAGUUCAUCGAACGUCAACGCCGUAAUCAAUGCAGUAUGGCAGUCGCGAGAAAAACAACCGUAA